AUGUCAUUGGAACAAACGGCUUGUGAUGACUUGAAGGCUUUUGAACGUCGACUGACAGAGGUUAUAGCAUGUCUUCAACCAGCCACUAUGAGAUGGAGAAUCCUUUUGGCAGUUGUAUCUGUGUGUACUGCAAUAGCGGCAUGGCAUUGGUUGACUGAUCCACUUACACCAGUGGUUUCCCUUACACAGUCACUUUGGAAUCACCCAUUCUUCGCAUUUACCUCAACAUUUUUAGUUGUAUUAUUUAUGAUGGGAGUGCAUAGGAAGGUUAUAGCGCCCAGUAUAAUUACGGCACGCACUCGCUCUGUUCUAAAUGACUUUAAUAUGUCUUGUGACGAGACGGGCAAGUUAAUAUUGAAACCAAGGCCGGCGAACAAUUAA